GGGUUCUCCGGGCUCAGUCACGUUUCAGCCUGUAUGAAGUCGGUGCCGGGCUGCACCGGGCUGGGAGGACGUGGUGUGCGGGGAAUAUAUUGAUGACACUUUCAGAUUUGGAAAGAUCGUGAUUAGUACAUUCAUUAAGUGCUGCAGGUGUGACUUCAGUUCUCUACAGAAAGUUAACUUACUUGGGAUCCUAUAAUACAGGUGUGUUCCCUAAAGCAGCUGUUCAUUCUUUUCUAAUAGUUGAAGUCUUCUGUGCUUAGAAUAGAUAUAUCUCAGCAUUGAAGGAAAUGUUGUCACAAGUUCUAUAUUCUUUCUAUAUUGAUCAAAUUAGACUUCCUUCUCUGGAAAAGACUUUCCUGAGAUGCCAUACAUGGAUGAACUCUCUUAGUUCUUUAGAUUUGGGCAUAUUCAGUUACCUGAAUUUCCUCCAAUUUCCUCCAAUAAAUAAUAGAAGACUAGAGAUUAGAUUUGACUGCUUUGAAUUCUGCUCAAACUGAUAAAAUGCCUGGUUUGAAUGACUUGUAUUUAGUUUCAAAUAAAAAUCUUUUUGGCUUAAAUUUGUCUUAGCUUUUAGUUAGAUUGCAGAAAGACUUACCAUGAGAAUUUUAAGUAGUUUACAAGGACUCUUUUUUCUUAAUGUCUUCCUAAACGCAUUAAGUAGAUGAAGGCAAUAUUAUACCCAGAUAAAAUGGUAUAUGCUGCUCCUGUGAAUAUCAUCUUCAAACCUAGACUUUGUUAAACUUCUUAAAUUUUUUUAAUCUAUGAAAAUGUCACGAUGGAGGACAUAAAAUUAGAGAAGUGUUAUGUCACUUCAUAAAUAGGCAAGACCUCGUGGUUAAUUUCACGUAGAUAUUGAUUAGUGAAGGUAGAAACUUAACUCCAUUAAGGUAAUAUAGAUCACAGGGAGAUGAGUUAAUGUUCUUUAAACCAAGAUUUUUAAAUAGUGCUGAAAGACAUUCCACAUUUUCAGUGUCCAAGCUAAAAAUAGCAAAAUCUACAAGUAGCUCCAGAUAAGGCAAUUUCCAACACUUCUCAUGGUCAGGGAUACAGAGCUUAUAAUUUAAAUUCUGUUUUAUCAGUUUAUGAUAAAGAUGGAGGCAAAACAUUAAAGAACCAAUGUACACAGAUUUGUAUCAUAAUCUAAGACUUGUAGAACUCGUAUCAGCUUUGGGACAUUAUGCAGAAUGAAACGUUGUGAAUAAAUCCUUCCUUAAGUCUGGCCAACACAAAUGUACUUUUAACAGUUGGUAGACGUGCAGCAUUUUAAAUUAAGGCAUGUUAACAUGGGCUGUCUUCCAAAAUGGUUAGCUUGGGAUCUGAACACUGUUCCAAAUUCUUGUUACAAAUGUUCCUUCUGCAUAUUCAAAUGAAACACUUAAAGUGAUGUAAUUGUUUGCCACAAAAAUGUUGAUCUUCUGAACUUCUGAUUUUUAUUCUGAUUUUUAUUUUACUGUUUCUUUGUUAGGUGGUAGUGGCAUGUGGCAAUAGACUUUGUUUCCUAGAUUUAAUAGGAGAGUUUUCAGAUUUUCUUUUUUCUGCAUAAAUUCCCAGUGUCUUUGUUGGGAAACUGUUUUUCUUAGGAAGAAUAAUAGUGUGGAUGGACUUUGUUAGUACAGACUUCUGAACCUUUUUUUUUUGUCCCCUCUUAACUGUGAGGGUGAGUACUGGAACAGAUUGUCGAGAGAGGCUGUGGAAUCUCUGCCCUUGGAGAUAUUCAGAAGUCAUCUGGUGGUGGUCCUGGGCAGCCUGUUCUAGGUGACUCUGCCUGAACAUGGGGUUUGAAACAGAUGACCUCCAGAGGUCUCUUUUGACCUCAGCAAUUCUGUGAUUCUGUGAACUGCAAUUUUAUAACUGCCUAGUAAACUCUUUAAUGCUCAUACCAAGCCUACAGCGAUGUAGAUGAGUUCAGGUCAGAUGUUAAAAUGGUAUUCUAACCAAAUUUCUUAAGCACUUGGAGCGCCUCUUGACUACAUCAGGCAUUUUGCUCUAUUAUCUGCUGGAGAGGUUGGCUCUUCAUUCUUGGUGAAUGUGUACAUAGUCUGCAUGGGCUGUCACACUAUGCAUGUACAUGGUACGAUACCAUACUGAUAGUGAAUUGGAAAGGUUAUUUUAUUAUUGUGGAAGAUUGUUAUUUUAAAGCUCUAUAAGACCUUACUGUAGACCAGAAGUGUUUAAAAUGCAAAUUUGUAUCUGAUUCCUCUGCUGAAUGACUGUUUCAUGUUUAACUAACAUUUGUCUGCAUAGGCAUGGCCUAACUAUGAGCAUCUCUCUGGUAUCUCUUUGAAGAGGACACUGUUGGGGGGCCCAGGUAUUUCUUUUAUAUUUUAUAGUUGUAGAGGUGUCCGGACUCUGUAAUGGUCAAAGAUUUCCAGUAGAAGAGGAUGAGACAAGAAUUAAAUGCAUGUGGGAGACACUGGACCUAGGCACUUGAUCCUUUUGGUGCUAAUUGGGAGGGAGCUUGAUAAACACUUUUACCAACUUUUCAUAGCAAAAACAGAUAUCUUGCAUAUUACUUUGGCCAAACGAGGAGACGAGUAGUAUUCUCUUCUGAAAAACUCAAAAUAAAUGUAAAAUGUCUGGAAAAACAGCAAUUAGGAGGAUUUGUGGGUCUGUACUUCCAAACAGAAUUUGUACAGAGAGAAAUUCUGAAUAUGGCUUGAUUUGCUCUUGAUCUUGGCAGUGUUUCUAACGAGUGUCCCAUGGACUUUAUCAAGUUCAGAGGGUUCUUUAGCACUGAGGAGCAGAACCCUGAGCAGCAAGCUGGUAUCAGUGAAAAGAUUUCUUUGUCAUUCUCUUUAAAAGAGCAACAGAAAAUGAGUGAUUAUUCUGGACUUGCAAAUAACCAUAGCCAGAUGAUUGCUGAAGAUUCAGAAAUUCAGACAAAGCCUGAACAUUCUCAUGAAGUUCUUCAGGAAGAUAUUGAAAUGAGCAGUGGAUCCAGUGGAAAUGACUUCAGUGGAAAUGACACAAAUGAAAACUACUCGAGUGGGCAUGAUUCUCAUGGCCAUGAAUCUGAUGAAAAUGGGAAAGAGUCAGCAAUGCUCAUGGAAUCUUCAGACUGUCACAAAAGUUCAAGCUCAAAUGCGUUUAGUCUGAUGAUUGCAAACUCUGAACACAAUCAGUCUAGCAGUGGAUGCAGUAGUGAGCAGUCCACUAAAGCCAAAACACAAAAGGAAUUGCUGAAAACAUUACAAGAGCUGAAAGCUCACCUUCCUUCUGAAAAGAAAAUUAAAGGCAAAUCUAGUGUCCUAACAACAUUGAAAUAUGCCCUGAAAAGCAUUAAACAAGUUAAAGCCAAUGAGGAGUAUUACCAAUUGUUGAUGAUUAAUGAAUCCCAGCCUGCUGGACUCAAUGUGUCAUCUUACACAGUGGAAGAAGUUGAGACUAUAACCUCAGAAUACAUAAUGAAAAAUGCGGAUAUGUUUGCUGUAGCUGUUUCUUUGAUUACUGGGAAAAUUUUGUACAUCUCUGAUCAAGCUGCUUCUAUUCUCCGCUGUAAAAGGGGUUAUUUUAAAAAUGCCAAAUUUGUGGAGUUCUUGGCGCCUCAGGAUGUCAGUGUGUUCUAUACUUCUACUACCCCAUACAGAUUACCAUCAUGGAAUAUUUGCAAUAGAGCUGAGUCUUCCACCCAGGAUUGCAUGGAAGAGAAAUCUUUUUUCUGUCGCAUCAGUGCGGGAAAGGAGCGUGAAAACGAGAUAUGCUAUCACCCAUUUCGGAUGACUCCUUACCUUAUCAAAGUGCAAGAUCCAGAAAUAGCAGAGGACCAGCUUUGCUGUGUGUUGCUUGCAGAAAAAGUACAUUCCGGCUAUGAAGCACCCAGAAUUCCUCCUGACAAAAGAAUUUUUACAACUACGCACACCCCGACAUGUUUGUUCCAGGAUGUAGAUGAAAGAGCAGUACCUCUGUUGGGAUACCUUCCUCAGGACUUAAUAGGAACACCAGUCUUGGUGCAUCUUCACCCAAAUGACAGACCCUUAAUGCUAGCAAUUCACAAAAAAAUACUUCAGUAUGGAGGACAGCCUUUUGACUAUUCACCAAUCAGGUUUUGCACUAGAAAUGGAGAUUAUAUAACCAUGGACACCAGCUGGUCCAGUUUCAUCAACCCUUGGAGUCGAAAAGUUUCAUUUAUUAUUGGAAGACACAAAGUUAGGACGGGUCCCUUAAAUGAAGACGUCUUUGCUGCUCCCAACUAUACAGAGGAUAGAAUCCUUCAUCCCAGUGUUCAGGAAAUCACUGAGCAAAUAUAUCGGCUAUUAUUGCAGCCUGUACACAACAGUGGAUCCAGCGGCUAUGGAAGUCUAGGUAGCAAUGGUUCACAUGAGCACUUAAUGAGUGUGGCAUCCUCCAGUGACAGCACAGGAAAUAAUAAUGAAGACACUCAUAAGGAUAAACCAGAGGUUUGUCAAGAUGCCCGUAAGGUCAAAAAUAAAGGACAGCAUAUUUUCACUGACAAUAAAGCAAAACUGGAAUACAAGAGAGAGCCUUUUGCAGAAAAACAAAAUGGUCCUGGUGGUCAGGUGAAAGAUGUAGUGGGAAAGGAUACUGCAGUAACAGCUGCUCCUAAAAAUGUGACUACUGAAGAGUUGGCUUGGAAAGAACAACCUGUAUAUUCUUAUCAACAGAUUAGCUGUUUGGACAGUGUCAUCAGGUACUUGGAGAGUUGUAAUGUGCCUGGUACAGCAAAAAGAAAAUGUGAACCUUCAUCAAGUGUUGCAUCGCUCAGUUCUGGAGUCCAUGAACAAAAACCAGCUGAUAAUGCUAUACAGCCCUUGGGAGAUUCUGCUGUGUUGAAGGCGUCUGGUAAAUCAAACGGUCCCCCAGUGGUUGGUGCUCAUUUAACAUCUUUGGCUUUACCUGGCAAGCCUGAAAGUGUUGUGUCUCUCACAAGUCAGUGCAGCUACAGUAGCACCAUUGUUCAUGUUGGAGACAAAAAAACACAACCUGAAUUAGAAAUGAUAGAAGAUGGUACAAGUGGAGCAGAACUCUUAGAUGGCCAACUUCUUGUCCCUCCAUCCAGCUCUGCACAUGUAAAUCAAGAAAAGGAGCCAUUUAAAAAACUGGGACUUACAAAGGAAGUCCUUGCAGUGCAUACGCAAAAAGAGGAGCAGAGCUUUUUGAAUAAGUUUAAAGAAAUCAAGAGAUUUAAUAUUUUUCAAUCCCACUGCAAUUACUACUUACAAGAUAAACCAAAAGGACGGCCUGGUGAACGUGGCAGUCGUGGACAAAGAAAUGGCACUUCUGGAAUGGAUCAGCCUUGGAAGAAAAGUGGAAAGAACAGGAAAUCAAAACGCAUUAAACCACAAGAGUCUUCAGACAGUACAGCUUCGGGAACUAAAUUCCCCCAUCGGUUCCCUCUUCAAGGUUUAAAUACUACUGCUUGGUCACCAUCAGACACUUCACAAGCGAGCUAUUCAGCGAUGUCUUUCCCCACUGUUAUGCCUGCAUAUCCACUUCCUGUUUUCCCAGCAGCAGGGACCGUACCACCAGCUCCUGAGACUUCACUCUCUGGUCUUAAUCAGUUGCCAGACUCUGGAAAUACUUGCCCUAUGCAACCAUCCCAGUUCUCUGCACCCCUCAUGACACCUGUCGUAGCUCUUGUACUCCCCAACUACGUCUACCCAGAGGUGAACAGUAACUUACCUCAAACGCUUUACCACAGCCAACCCAACUUCCCUGCUCAUUCCACUUUCUCUUCACAGACAGUAUUUCCAACGCAGCCACCAUUCACUGCACCCAGCCCUUUCCCACAACAGGCGUUCUUUCCAACAGAGCCAUUCCAUUAUAAUCCACCAGCAGAGAGUGAAAAGGUUCCUGUCACAGAGCCACGAAAUGAGCCAUCCCGUUCCUGCACUCCACAGUCAGUGGGUCCUCAAGACCAGGCUUCACCACCUCUGUUCCAGUCAAGGUGUAGUUCCCCUCUGAAUCUUCUACAGUUAGAAGAAACUACAAAAACUGCUGAAAGUGGAGCUCCUGUGGGUUUACAUGGAGCUUUAAGUGAGGAAGGAGCCAUAGGCAAAAUCAUGACAACUGACAACUGUAGUAGGAAGGGAUCCUUACCAGCUGAAUCUCCAAUGGAUGCUCAAAAUAGUGACGCACUCUCCAUGUCUAGUGUUCUCCUUGACAUUUUACUUCAAGAAGAUGCAUGUUCAGGCACCGGUUCAGCUUCUUCAGGGAGUGGUGUAUCUGCAGCUGCUGAGUCUCUGGGGUCUGGAUCCAAUGGCUGUGACAUGUCAGGGAGCAGGACAGGUAGUAGUGAAACUAGUCAUACCAGCAAGUACUUUGGGAGUAUUGAUUCCUCAGAAAAUCAUCAUAAAACCAAAAUGAAGGCAGAAAUGGAAGAAAGUGAGCACUUCAUUAAAUAUGUCCUUCAGGAUCCUAUAUGGCUUUUGAUGGCAAACACAGAUGACACAGUUAUGAUGACUUACCAGAUACCUUCACGAGAUUUGGAAACCGUUUUAAAAGAAGAUAAGCAAAAAUUAAAGCAAAUGCAGAAACUACAGCCAAAGUUUACAGAAGAACAAAAAAGAGAGCUUAUUGAAGUUCAUCCAUGGAUCCAGCAGGGUGGACUACCAAAAACCGUUGCUAAUUCUGAAUGUAUUUUUUGUGAGGACAAUAUACAGAGCAAUUUUUAUACAUCGUAUGAUGAAGAAAUCCAUGAAAUGGACCUUAAUGAAAUGAUUGAAGACAGCGGGGAAAACAACUUGGUUUCCUUGAGUCAAGUCAGUGAAGAACAAACAUAGUCUUUGAGCCUGUUGUUUUCAAAGCUGCUUCAAAACUACAGUUAUCCAUAAAGAUUUUAAUCUUGUAUCCAGCAAGAUGAAUCCAGUUCAUAAAAAAAUGUGUUUUUCUUGCUCUAGAAGAGUCAUUUGUGAAUGAAUCUCUUUUUAAAUGGUGGCAAUCUCUUCCCAGUAAGGACGUUGUUAAAGAUGGUAUAGCUUUUCUUUAAAAAAAGAAAGACUCAUAUUUUGCACUUAUGCCUCAAGUAUUUCUUUAUGAACUAUGGAAAAUUUCAUUGCCUGCUGUUUUUUGUAGAGUGGGUUAAUGAGUACUGAAAGUCCCCUUACAUAAAUAUGGUUCUUCAAAUCUCCUUUUGGUAAUGAUUCAGCAUUAUAAAUUGUUCUAGCCAUUUUGCGUAGUGGCUCUUCAGCAUUGUUCUUAAUAUUUGAAGUGGUCCGGCAGAGUAGAAGAAAUAACCUUCAGGCAAAUCAACUCACACUUGCCCUUCUCAUAGCAGCUGAUCCCAUCCUCUUUGUUUCCUAUAGUUUUGAAUGUAGGAACCUUUUUUGUCUAAGAGAAAUGUUGAACUAAUUUUGUAAGAUGGUCUUGGGUUAAAAUACUUCUGUGAAUGUGUCGGCAAGUAUAGAUGAGUGCUGACAACUUUGUUGCCUCUUAUUUAAAUGAACAUUGCAAUACUGUGAACCGUUUAUUACCUGAAGCAUCAUUUCUGAGAACUUACACACAAGAAAUCUUUAUGCUUAAAGAUUUUAUAAACUAAGACUACAGAGGAGACUGCAUAUGCCCCAGUGACUGUUAGACAAAGCUUGGUAUGACUUUAACCUUUAUUUCUGAUUUGUUUUGUCAAGAGGUUGGCCAUCAGUUUUUUCCCAUGCGGCUAAACAAACAUCAAACUUGUAUGUGGCAAGAGAGGAUUAGAACAUUUCUUGCCAUUUGAGGAUAGUUCUUAUAAAAAAAGAAUUUUGAGAAUAGUGUUCACUUUCACUAUAUUUGAAUUGCAUAAUCUAAAACUUAGUGCGGCUGGAAUCCUUUGCUGUCAAGGAUUUAAUUUUAAUGCCUCUGAGAUUGUAUUGACUUGAAUAUGUGUACUUAUGUUCUUGUGCUGUUUAUGCGUGUUGGAUGUGGGAAAAGAACACAAAAGAGCCACUCUAAUAUAUUGGUUAGCUAAAGGACAUUUAGGUGCAGUAUUGCUAGGUGUCAGCUGUAGGUCUCGGGGUAAAAAACAGAAAUUCAAUUAAUUUUGAUACAUUUGUCUUAAUAUAUUUUUCUUGGAAAGCAUUUCCUUUAUUAGGACAACAUUUUUAUUCACGGAAAUGUAGAGUUAUUUUCAUUCUAUAAAAGUAUUUCUCCCUCCAUACAAAGAGGAUGAAGCUAGAUCUGACAUCACCAAAAACAUGCAGAAGUGACUGGUAUUUGCAUAGUAGAAUAAAAAAUUUGUGUGAAGCAAUUAAUUACUAAUUGGACAGUGUCAUGAGGAAAUUUGCAUUGAAGACAGGUUCUGCAGGUAGCAGAGAAUGUGAACUUGUGAAACAAGUAGAAUCACAAUUUAAAAAGUAUCUGAAAUGUAGUGUGAAGCACUACCCAGCAAGAUCUGAUUCCUGUCUUUAAUAGUUUAGCAAGGUCAAAUUUAUAUAUGUAAAUAUAAACUGAAUGAGAAAUUUUAAGAUGUUGGUGUUGAAGUCCAUGUAUUAAGUGUUUUAAUCAUAACUUGAACAGUGCAGCUAUACCAACAUAUUAAAUAUAUUCCAUUUUUACAUGUAAACACAAAUAGUUUUAAUUGGACCAGGGUUUGGGAAAAAUAAAAGCUUUAUGUAAAAGGAGUGCAUCAUAAUUAUACAAAUUAUUUUCAGGGACUUCUCAACCACUUUGAACUUUUUUGCUUUAGCAUGCUUUUUUAUUUUUUUUUAUUUUUAAUGACCAUCUUGUAACCAUAACUUAGUGAAAGGAAGAGAAAAGUAUAUUUAGAGCAUUUUGUGGAUGUGCUUACUUACGGACUUAAUCUUGCAUCCUUAAAGUGUUUGCAUUUACAGGGUGGUAUUAAAAUAUUUUCCUGUAACUUUAAAUCUACAUGCCUCCAUUUAUAGAUAAGAUUCUGAAGCUGUAAUUUUUCCAAACUGUUGUAAGAUGAUUUAUUUGUGAUGACACUUUGUCAACAUGUCAACGAUGUUUUCUGUACACUGUGCAAUAUAUUUUGGUUUUGCCACUUGUGACUAAUUUUUAUGACUUUGCUUUUUAGAAAACUGGUAAAUAAAACAGAUAUAUUUUUA